AUGUUUCCGUUCCACCAGAAUCAGCAAAGCAGCGUUUCCAGGAACCACAGAACACAACACGGCAGCCUGAGCUCAAGCAGACAGCACGAAUCUUCGAAUAUCCUUCUCCUUCGCCGAGCGGCUUCCAACCGAGCGAUGCCCACCUCAGUCAAGCAGUCCGUGAAGAAGCUCCAAGAGAAGAUGCCCGAGGUCAAUCUGGACGAACCUCUCUCCGCGGAGGAGGAUGUGCACUUGGCCGAGGAACAGCUGACCAUGGUAAAGUACUUGGAGGUGGAAGUUGUCCGCCCACCGGGGAUUGCGAAUCUUCGGGAAUGGGGCCAAGUGGUGAUCGCGGCUGGCAAGCACAAAGGAAAGAGUCACGAGAAAACGUUCGAGACCGACCUGUCCUACUCGAUCCUCAUGGCUCGGAAGUCUUCUCUCAGCAGCCCAUGGGCACUGUCGUUCAAGAACUAUGCCCUGAUGCGACUGAAGCAGAUGGCCAAGACGGAGCAGGCGAGGUCCACGACCAAGGCGGAGGCAAAGAACAUCAAGUCCCAGGGUCCAGCCGUCAUGGACGGAGAGGAGAGCGAUGGGUGGAAGCUCUGCUCGCCGGAUGCCACAUCCCACACAGCUGCACCGAGCCGGGGCAGCAAGAGGAACAGUCAGCCGGGGGCAAGCUCGCAGAUGCCCAUUGCCAUGUCGCCGGAGGAGAUCAUGACGCGCCGGGCCGUGCUCGAAAGAGAGCUGACGAGGCUUCGGGAGAUCGAAGAUGCCGACAAGGAGUGA